GGUUUCUCUUUGUAAAUGAGCACUCUAUUCUUCCUAAUGAAGACGUGAAUUGAACAGUGAUCCAAGUACAUCAACAGUUGCUGUUGAUCCGUCGUCGUCGGCUGAUCUCAAGGAUCCUGGUAUCACUGGAGAGUAAAAAAUGGCCGAUGGGACGAAAAGUUACAUGUGGUUUCCGGUGCUGAUUGCUCUGUUUUACACCAUUUACACAAAUGAUGUUUACAGAAGUAUAGCACAUAAAGCACUUACCGGGGAUGUACCUGGUGCCUAUCAAAUUUAUUCCAAAUAUUCUGAGAGUCAGGCUGUCGCUGGAGUUGACAAACAGGACACAAAAAGCGACAAAAACGGAGGGAAUUCGGUACUUUACAGUGAAGAUCAGUUGGCGAAAUUUUCAAAUUCCAAGGAUGGACUGUAUUUGGCAAUUUUGGGACGGGUUUACGAUGUCAGUGGUGGAGAGAAACAUUAUUCACCUGGAGGAAGCUAUCAUGGAUUCGUCGGAAAAGACGCAACUUUGGCUUUUGUCACUGGCGAAUUCAACAAUAAAAAUCCCACCAACGAUGUUUCCAGUCUAACUAACUCGCAAGCAAAGUCCAUCAUGGGUUGGAUCAAAUUCUACGAUGAAAAAUAUGUGUACAAAGGUAAAUUGGUGGGUAAAUUUUACGACAAAAAUGGUGAUCCAACAAUAGCGUAUCACGAGUUUAUGGACAAAGUGAAAAUAGCCGAUGAAGCAGACACCGUUCAGGAGGAAAUGAAGAAGAAAUUUCCACCUUGUAACGUAGAGUGGAAGCCCGAGGUUGGAACUAGAGUUUGGUGCUCGCCUCAAAGUGGUGGAAUCUCGAGAGAUUGGACAGGAGUUCCCAAACAAUACUUCGAAGAGCCCUCAAGCCCUAAAAACCGAUGUGCGUGUGUGAAUCUCGAGAGCUCUGAUUUUCACGAGCACCAGGGGAAAUUCAGAGAAUAUGAGGGCUGCGAGAAAUUAUCAAGUACCUGUUAUAUAAAAACGUGAUAAAAAUCCGCUCAAAACUAAAUGAAAUGAGGGAAAGACGCAAAAGGAGGUGAAUCUCCAAUAAAUGUUCGCAGGAAGACAAAUAAGUAGGAAAAUUUUAACAAAAAUAUGUUUGAGUGUUGAAGCCUUUCAUUAUACUUAAUUAUAGCAUUUAUAUUAUGACUCCGUUUUGUAAUAAGGUAGAAGCUAUUAUAUCAAGAGAAAAAAAUAGAAAACUCA